AGAAGAUCGAAAAGACUCCACAAAUGAUUGAAGGACGAUUCUUUGAUCUGGCCUUUGCAUGGCAGCAAAUCUUGAUUGGGAGUGUUCUUCCUAGUAGGAUUCAGAAAUGCAGAAUUAUCAGUGACACGGAGUGCAGUCGAACACAUAAUUUUUUCAUCCUUAUGAUUUAUUUUUUCCGAGUUAGGCUGGCUCCACCGAUAUUAUGUGCAGGAUAUGGCAGUAGAACGAUUUAGCGCUUAUUGAGAUCAAUUCGUAUGUAAAGUCUCUCCUAAUAAAACUCGAUUUGAAGGUGACUGACUGUUAGUUUUUCCUUUCUUUUCUUACUUUCUACUCUACAAUCGAAAAAUGCCCGAUUUCUACGACGACCGUCUUACUUGCCCUCUCCCGGAAUGUGGAGGCACAGAAUUCGAACCCGAAGACACUGAAGUCCCCGAGGGACCGGCGCUUUGUUUAAGCUGUGGUGAAACUCUAGUACCAGAAGAAUUUCCAUGGGUCAAGAAGUACCAAAAUUUUGUUGUCGCAGCCGUCGAAGCAGCUGAGCCUGUGAAAAAACUUAACAAACUGAAGGUCAGAAUCACGGAGGGAGAAGAAGGAGAAGACAACGGAGGUAGAGUUUAUAGUUUUUAAUGCGUGUCGAUUUUUCUCACGAUGCUUAUUCUUCCGUAGUGAUCAAUUGAAACCAUCGAUAGAAAUGUCUCGAAGAUCUCUGAAAAUUAAUCGAAGGUUCAUCAGGUUUCCUCAACAUCGUUACGAAUGACCUAAAAGUGAAGGCAGGGGAGCUCGUAGUAAUAGCCAGGAUAGGAGCCGUGGUACCAGCAGGAAAAUCUCUCGAUGUUAAGGGCCUGGAAUACUACUAGUAGGUAGGAUUCAGAUACCCUUGUCAAGUUCUUUCCUGCCAUAGACCUUGUAGUUACCAUUCGAGAAUAGGAGAAGCAGAGCAUUUUUUGAACACUCACUCCAUGGUUUGAUUUUUGGUUUUUACCUUAGAAAAGGUAUGCAUGUUGCAAUCACAUUCGUGCGAAAGGGAUUCUUUCUAUCGGUCUUGAGCACUAGCCUAAACCUCCCUCAAAAAUGGGGGAAGCCUAUCGAUAUGCGGCCGAGUUACUCCUUGAGCCAAUGGGUUUAUCAAGUAUAUCCAUGGGUUUACCAAGUAGCAUUACGUUCGUAGAGGAAAGUAGUUGAUUUCUUCUUGGGCUUCUUUACAACAAUUUCUUGGGCUCCCUCUUCUAAUAUAUAUGGCGGAAUCGAAGUCAAGAAAGCUAGUGUUGGAGGAUUCCCGUCAGAGGGUAUGGUUUGCGACGCUCCCAUGCUGGACUGGGUCGGUGGUGGCAAGGGAGCAGCCGUAAAACUUGACGCUGAAAAAUUCUCAAUAGGAAGUAGACCGCCAGAUAAGAAACCAAGGUGAGCAUGAUUUUCGAGAACGUUUUCUUGCACCAUGGCAUUGACUCCUCAAGUUGCUGAUGUUAUCAUAACGGAUAAGUGCAUCACUCAUAAUUAAGAAAUAUAACCUCAUGUAACCUCACGAUGUACGCGCAUUUCAGAGAACGCCUUCUCUUACAGUUGAAGCUCGUCAUUUUUUCUUUGCAUCAGGCAAGAAACUGCUUGUUCGAGUAAGUUCAUCUUUUGGUAAUCAAAUCGGCUCUAGCAAGAAGGCAGC